GUGGUAUACUUAGAAAUAUGGCUAUCCAACAAUCUUUGCUAGACAAGCCUCGAAAUUCUAUUUCCAAAACAAUCUGUUUAGUCUUUUCUGUAGCUGCUGUCAUAUGUUCAUCAGCCUUUGUUGGUUCCUAUCUCAUCAAAUCCAGUUCCUUCCUUAACCAGUCCCCUCUUCAACAUCUCUGUCGCCAUGCACUUGAUAAUCCAUCAUGCUUAGCACAUGUCUCAGAAGUGGCUCAAGAUCCCAUCUUGACCACCACAAAAGACUACAACUUGAAUUUGUUCCACUCUUUCUUAAUGAAAUCCACCUCACACAUUCAGAGAGUUAUGAACACAGCCAGUUCCAUCAAACUCAGGAUUAACGAUCCCCGAGAGGAAGCAGCUUUGAACGACUGUGUGGAGCUAAUGGACUUAUCCAUCAACAGAGUUUGGGAUUCGAUGGUGACUCUAACAAAAGAAACCGAUGAGUCACAGCAGGAUGCACACACAUGGCUAAGUAGCGUGCUCACUAACCAUGCAACUUGUUUGGAUGGGUUAGAGGGGACAGCUAGAACCCUUAUGCAGGAUGAACUCGAGAACUUGAAAUCCAGAGCGAAAACCAUUCUGGCCAUGUUCCUUGCUGUUUUGCCUCAGAGGGUUGAACCAAUCAUUGAUGAACCACCGAACGGGGAGUUUCCCUCAUGGUUGAGCAGCAAGGAUAGGAAGCUUUUGGAGUCCAGUGCUUUGAACAUCAAUGCCAACGUUGUCGUGGCCAAGGACGGGAGUGGCAAGUUUAAGACUGUGGCUCAGGCUGUGGCAUCUGCACCUGAUAACGGGAAGACAAGGUAUGUUAUUUACGUGAAAAAGGGAACAUAUGAAGAGAAUGUUGAAAUCAGUAGUAAGAAGACGAACGUGAUGCUGGUUGGAGAUGGUAAGGAUGUAACUAUAAUUACUGGCAGCUUGAAUUAUAUUGACGGAACGACCACGUUUAAGUCCGCCACUGUAGCUGCUGUGGGGGAUGGAUUUAUAGGUCAAGACAUAUGGUUCCAGAACACUGCAGGUCCACAGAAGCACCAAGCAGUGGCUCUUCGAGUAGGUGCGGAUCGAUCCGUCAUAAACCGAUGCCGCAUCGAUGCCUUCCAAGACACUCUCUAUGCCCACUCUAACAGGCAGUUUUACAGAGACUCCUAUAUCACUGGCACCGUUGAUUUUAUAUUUGGAAAUGCAGCGGUUGUGUUUCAAAAGUGCAACAUUGCGGCCAGAAAGCCCAUGAGUAACCAGAACAACAUGGUGACAGCCCAGGGACGGGAAGAUCCAAACCAGAACACAGGAACUUCGAUUCAACAAUGUAACAUAAUACCAAGUUCGGAUCUGAAGCCUGUGGUAGGGUCCAUCAAGACUUUCCUAGGCCGGCCAUGGAAGAAGUACUCGAGAACCGUUGUGAUGCAGUCCACAAUAGAGAGUCAUGUUGACCCAACAGGAUGGGCAGAGUGGAAUGCCGAUAGUAAGGACUUUUUGAACACGUUGUAUUAUGGGGAGUACAUGAACAAAGGAGCAGGUGCUGGUACCAGCAAGAGAGUGAAGUGGCCUGGUUACCAUAUCAUCACAAGUGCAGCAGAAGCUAGCAAGUUCACGGUAACACAGCUUAUUCAAGGAAAUGUUUGGCUGAAGAACACCGGGGUCAACUACAUUGAAGGCCUCUAAAAUGAAGUCUUUAGUAUGUGCGACCCGUCUAAGGUUUGGACAUCUGGGGUUGUACGAAGUUUCGGUGAAUGUACGAUGUUAUGUUUCAUCUAAAAUAAAAUUUCUUUGUCUGGGA